ACGUCAAUGUGACAACGUCAACCAAGUAAAUACGUAAAGUUGGCAACGCGCACGACGCAUUGAUAUUUUGCAACAUGCCAUAUAAACGUAAGAAGUACCACAGUGGUGAUACUCAUCUGAAAAGAAGGUGGAGGGUGCGAAACCGAAAGAAGGACCUUGACGAAAUUGAUACUGACCUAAAAGAAGAAAACGCAGAAAAAUUGUUAAAUCAAGAUGUGGAUCUAGACGUGCCCGGAGCUGCGCAACAUUACUGCCUUCACUGUGCGCGAUACUUCAUCGACGACCAAGCUCUCAAAGAACAUUUCAAGACAAAAGUGCACAAGCGAAGAUUAAAGGCGUUAGAACUAGAACCCUAUAGUAUAGAGGAAUCUGAAAGGGCUGCCGGUCAUGGUAACUUCAAGUUACCAGCAAAAAGAAAAAUUGUUACACAAAACACUGAGAAACCUGAUCUAAAAGAUCAAGACGGAGAUACAAUUUUGGAAGAAGUUAGUCCAAACAAGAAGAAGAGAAUUGAUGAUGAUCCAUAAAUUCAUGAACAAUGUGCUAUUGAGAGUGCGUAACUGUAAUUCAUGUACAGUGAGACACUCUGCACUGUUUAUAAAUGGUAACAGAGCAACUGAAAACUAUGUAUUUGUUAUACCACACAUUGAUAUACCAACAAUCCUCCAAGACAAAGAUUACAUGCAGACUCAACUUAACCGGAGAAAAUGUAAAUUUGAUUUAGAUAAAUUAGAUAACCUAUGGGCUGUGUAUGACAAAUUGAAAUUAAAGAAAACAGAGUAUGAUGAAAAGAAGGAUGAGAUAUCUAGAGAACUAGGCAAGCUUCUUAAAAAUGAACCUGAUGGUGAUACUACAAAAAAAUACAAAAUUCAAAUAAGUCUAAUCAAAGACAAUAUUAAAAAAAUUAAAUCACCAUUAUGGUCUGCUGAGGAGACUGCUAUAGUUGAAGCUCUGAAGCUACCAAA